GAGUCAAGUCAGUCAGUCAGUCAGUCAGUCAGUCAAAGUCGGUCGAGUCGCACGCGGACGAUCGUUGCGAUUUUCCGAGCGUGCGUCGUCGCGUCGUCCUGUUUUCCUCGUUUGUUUUGUUUCGUUUGAUUUUCAUUUGUUUUGUUUUGUUUUGUUUCGUUUUGUUUUGAUUUUCAUUUGUUUCCGCGCGGCGCGCGCCAUGCAUCGACGGCGGUUCGAUACCGCGACAGCUGCAGCUGGUGGUUUCCGCUGCUACGAAACGGAAGCUGAACUGCGUUAUUUUUCAUCAACAAGUGCGGCGCACGGGACUUACGCGUCGUCGUAGCCGGCGCUCGGAAAAACACCCGCGGCCGCCUUCGGCACCCCUCGAAGAAACCACCGGGCCACGGAGUACCUGAUAAAAGCCAAAACGCUGGGACGGAACGCGAGCGGAAACCAGGAGAUAAGCGACGCUCUUCAUAACGAUGGGGAAAUCGUCGAGCAAGCUAAAGUCGCGACGCAGUCAGAGCAUAGCGUGGAGCUUCCGGUUCCCUUCGAUGGGCACUCUCCAGAACCUGAGCGCCAGCGGACGACGAAAAAAAAGGGAGGUUUCUUCAUCCUCCUCGGCGAUCGACGGCCGCCUGGAAUUUCGCAAUCAAAGACACACGAUGCACCUGCAACCGGAUUCGCAUCUGCAAAUUAGAAAGGAACCGGCACUCGUCAUAAUCACCCCGCCCUCGCCGUGCAAUAGCAGGGAUAAUUCAUGGAAGGAAAGGAAGACGCCCCCCGCAGAGGACGAGCCGCCGGCGGAACGCGCAUGUCCCCUGCGAAACGGAGAAUCGUCGUCAACCACGAAACGCGAGCAGAUUGUGCCCGGGGAACGAGGGGCGAACUCGGAAAUGGAGCAGCCGGAAGAAACCGCGCGGAAGUUACUGGAGCGGGAGCUCCGUCUUCUGGACCCACGUGACCUCCGCUCUCACGCCUGGUACCACGGGAGUACCUUGAGGGGGGGCCGGAGGGGGGCCGAAAUGGAGGUGCCGAACGAAGGCGAUUUUCUGGUGAGGGAUUGCGCGUCGCAACCCGGAAAUUACGUACUCACCGUACGCUGCAAGGGACAACCUCUGCAUUUCGUUAUCAAUAGGGUCGUGCUGCAGCCGGACACCGUGUACGAGCGGGCUCAGUACCAGUUCGAAGACGAGGCGUUCGACACGGUGGCGGAUCUGAUAACGUUCUACGUGGGCAGCGGUCGUCCGGUGAGCCACGCGAGCGGAGCUCGCGUAGUCCAUCCGCGACCUCGGUCGGUGCCGCUGUCUUGCUCGCCGUCCUCCGGGCCCCAGUACUCCCGCAGUCCCUCGUCCUCGUCGCCGCCCCGACUACCCCGAAAACAGCAGCGCAGCCACUCGCUCACCCCCCAGCAGCAGCAGCAGCACGUCCUCGACCACCCGGGAUUCCCGCCGCCCCAGGGCUCCGCGAGCACGCUGCCCCGGUGCCCUCCGAACCCCGGAACCGCCGCGCCGCACUCCUCCUCGGGCUCGUCGCUCUCGCUGGGCCGCCAAAAAAUCACCAGAGUCAUCUCGGACCCGGCCCUCCAGCACCAGCAGAACCCCGCGGCCCCCGGCGUCGCGACGCCCCCCCCGAAACCGCCCAGGGCGCCCCCCGCCGCCGCGGCGCCGCCGCCCCCCAUGAACCACCACCACCAGCAACACCAGCAGCACCAGCAGCACCAGCACCACCCCCAGGUGUACCAGGCCUCGGGUAGCGACAGCGGCAACGGUUCCGGGGACAGCGAGUUCGAGCUGAACAAUUCGGGGGGGCCGCCACCCCAGCCGCCCCCCGCUCAGGUCAAGGGCGUGGUGAUACGGAGCCCCUACGCCCCGGCGGAUGGCAACUCGGCCGCCGGUGAGUACGAACUGUCCGCGGAGGAGCACCUACUGGUGGCCGCCCCCUCGCUGGAGAUCCCGACCUUCCUCGACCUCGACGGUUUCGCCACCCUACUUCUGCCGGCGGGCGAACACCGCCCCCUGGACGCCACAGCGCUCAGGGGGGUCUCGGGUAUGCUGCACGAGUCAGCGCCGAGGGUCCUAGCCACCCACCUGACCCGCGUCGACCUUGAGAUCGCCCUGGCGCCCGGAGCGGGGAACAGGAGCGGCCUGAGCGGGAUCGAAUUGGCGACCCUCCCGCACGGCAGGCAGGCCCGUCUGGACCUCAUCGAGAGGUCGGAGUGCCUGAAGCUCCUGGUGGCCGUCACGGUACUGGCGGGAGCCACGGCCAUCGAGAGGGCGGCGACUAUAUCGAAGUGGAUCAAGGUCGCCCUGGACACGAAAACGGCGCUUGGUAACCUUUACGGGUUCUGCGGCGUUAUGCUGGGACUCUGCGUACCGCAGAUACAGAGACUGGCCAACACGUGGCAUCUGCUCAGGCAGAAGCACACCGACGAGGCGUUCAGCUUCGAGGCUAAAUUGAGGCCUACUUUGAGAGCGAUGAACGAGUGCGCUAAUCCACAAGCUCCGAACACCACGCUACCUCAUCUGUUGCCCAUCGCUCUCCUAGGGGAACGAGGACCCGAGGAUGUCUUGGGAACGGCGUCUCCCUCGGGACUGACCGGUGCGAUCCUCUCACCGUGGGAGAGUUCCGCGGCUGACUGCGGUCUCUCCAUAGUUUGGGCGCACCUGGAGUCAGCUCGAAAGCUGGCCGAGAGUCUACCUCUGUUCCGCAGGAACGCGGAGAUAGCCCUCGAAGGCUGCAGGAACGACGAGCUCCUGGCGGACGCCUUCCGUACGGAAUUCCACAUAAAGUUCCUCUGGGGGAGCCGGGGUGCCGGCGUAGCGCCGGAAGAACGUCACCUAAAGUUCACCCAAGUCCUCGACGCGAUGUACGACAAAUGCGUCGCCACCGAGACGAGCCCCUCGUAGUGAUCCGCAUUUUUACACCGGACUGGAACUUCGUAGCGCCGCUUUUUGUACAUCGCUGAUAGAAAUAUAGAUAUAUCCCGUAGGGUGAUCUACGUCGGGUUAGGUUAGCCUGGUGCUACGGGCGUACGUUUCGUCGUCGCCAGAAUUCAGGGGGGGGGGGGUAAGAUGGAAAAUAGCGAAAGAAUUUCCUAACCUAUUCGUCGAGCCCCCGGCCAAGACGACGCGGAAAAAACUAUGCAGAUCUGACGCGACAUGUAUCCAGUUCCGGGGCUCGCAUUAUAUUCGUACUUAAUCAUGUAAAACUACUGUAUAUUAUACUACGACGAUUGUACAUGUUACUUGUUCAUAAACAUACACAUAUAACUAUA